AUGUUGGGGAUGUUGAUGUUGAUGUUGAUGUUGGAGAUGUUGGGGGUAUUGGGGAUGUUGAUGUUGGAGAUGUUGGAGACGUUGAUGUUGGAGAUGUUGAUGUUGGAUUUGGAGAGUAUUGGAGACGUUGGAAAUAUUGAGGAUAUUGGAGAUGUUGGGGAUAGUGGAGGAAAUGUUGAAGAUAUUGGAGAUGUUGGGGAUGUCGAUGUUGCACAGCUUCCCUCUGAUCCUGGAUUGAGAGUUCCAAUACAGAAUUAUGAUGUUAAUAUUCGAGAUCAUCCCACUUGGUUGGAAUACAGUAUAGCAAAGGAUGCAAUAUUUUGCUUUUAUUUUUAUCUUUUCAGUUUGAAUGGUGGUUCAUUUGUUAAAGGCGUAUUCUCAAAUUGGAAAAAGAAAGAAUAUAUAAGAAAACUCGUUGGGGCUUCAAGUAGUGCACACAAUCAAGCUCGGGUCGAAUAUGAAUUGUUCAAAAAUCAAGAACAAAGUACUCGAUCUUGUCUCGUUAAACAAUCGUAUCAAGCUCGAACAAAUUAUCGAAUCCGAUUAAAUGCUUCAAUUGAUUGUGUUCGAUUUCUUCUACAACAAAGGAUGACAUUUCGUGGAUAUGAUGAAUCUGAAGAUUCAAACAAUCAAGGAAACUUUCUUGAACUAUUGCAUUGGUUGUGUGAUCAUAAUCCUGAGAUUAAGGCUGUUACUUUGACAAAUGCACCUGAGAAUUUGAAAUUGACAUCACCAAGAGUGCAAAAAAAUAUUGUAAGUGCUAUUGCUUCUGAAUGUCUACAUGUGAUUAUCGAAAAUGUUCAUGAUAGUUUCUUCUUAAUUUUAGUUGAUGAAUCUCGAGACAUUUCUGUGAAAGGGCAAAUGUCAGUUGUCAUUCGUUUUGUGAAGAAUGGGUGUAUAUUGGAACAUUUUAUUGGUGUCAUUCAUGUUUUGACUACCACAGCUGCCUCACUUAAGGCUGCAAUUGAUCAAUUAUUCUCAACGCAAAGUUUAAGCAUAUCUAAUUGGAGAGGUCGGGAUAUGAUGGAGUUAGUAACAUGCGAGAAACAUCCGAAGAUUGAAACUUUCUUCACUACAGUACAUAGAUUGGUGAAUAUUGUUGGAGGAUCAGCUGAACGGAGUGAUCUUAUUCGAGAGAACCAAAGAUUGAAAAUUCUUGAAUCACUCAGUGUUGGUGAAAUAUCAAGCGGACGGGUCGACGUCAUUGAGAUGAUUGCUACUGAUACUACAAGUACCGGAACAAGAGGUGAUGCAUGUAUUUUAUUGGAGUUGAUGUUAAGAUUUGAAUUUGCAUUUAAUCUACAUCUCAUGAAAAGGAUUUUAGGGAUUUCAAACGAAUUGUCAAGAGCAUUACAAAGAAAAGAUCAAGAUAUUGCAAUGCUAUGA